AUGGACUCGCCGUUCAGUACACGCAGCUUUGACAGUAGCAUCCGUGACCAGCUCAGCGCGAAGCUCGAGCUACUCUCUCAGCUUUGUCUGCAAGAGAUUGACGACGAUCUGGCGGAGGAUAACGCCCACUUUCACGCGAAGAGCGCGUACGAGGACGAUCACCAGUGGAUUACGGCAGAGUACCGGUGGGCGAUGGACGCGACUGGCGACUCUGCCGUGAGUCUGGACAAAAUGUUCGACGACGGAUUCGCAGAAGAAGACAUGGAUGCGUGCAUGCCGCACCUGUAUGACCCCACGCUCUUCUCUGAUCCCCGAUGUGCACCAUUGCCUCCCACACGGAACAAGCCCGACGUUCAGCAGCGCGCAUACAGUGAGAAAGUCACACGAGCGCUACGGGUGAGGUCCUUCGCCUGCUGCGGUUGUGCGAUUGAUUCGCACCCUGCGACUGUUGCGAACGAUGUGCGAAAGAAGGGAGACAUAACUAUCGUGAGCGAUCCCUUGCCAGACAUUCCACGCCCGUCGCUGGUUCGAACAGGCGUCCCCGAUGCACCCCCACCCUCUCCUCUUUUGCCCCGUGCACCACUCUCCGUGCCGCUAUCAAGCUCACCGCCGAGUUCGCCAUUGAGGUCCGGUUUCUCAUGCUCUCCUCCUCCGUCUCCGACCAUGUCGACGACACUUUCUACAACUCCGCCAUCAUCCCCACUCCUGUCCUGCUCUGUUCCUCACUCGCCUAAAGCACACACGUUCCCACGUUCUCCGCAACCGAGCAACAGCGAUGCGACCACGACGAGAAACACGCUUCCUCGUCCGUCUGCAACUCAGCGACACGCCACAUAUCCGUCCAUCUCGUCCACCCUCGAACUCCUUGAGGGCCGGCAGACCCCCGUUCAGAAGAGGUCUGGGGUUCUGGUCACUGAUACUGCGGAGGUGAUCGAAGCCGACAGUGUGGCGAUGGCGUCUACCCGACAUCGGAGCGCCAACGCCAGCAUAGGGCGAAGCAGCGGGGAAGCUAUCAAGCCCGUUCUCUCCGGUGGUAGCCAGAACCUCAGAAAGCGACCGAGGCCCAUCCUGCCUGCACUCACCACCUCAACUUCGUCCCCUCAAUUGCGAACGCUCGCUUUGGGGUCUUCGUGCUCGAGUUCCUCCGGCUCGUCUCACUCGAGUGCGACCGUGAUGGCGUCUCCGAUGGUGUACGCGCCCAUGACCUCGGGCGCACAAAGACAAUUCCCUUUAGCGACGUCACAGGAUGACGCCAGUGGUGAACUUCCGUCCCGGUGGUCUCUGGACUCCAUCGCUUCGCGGCCGGCGCCGGCGUCAUUCACCCCCACGGGAAGCUCCUUCGCGCCUGCCACGCCCCCCCAGACCCCCAUCAUUGGGAGAAAGAGGGACCGCCUGCUCAGCUUCAUCACCAGAGGACGAUCCGGCUCAGUGGCAAAACCAUCCGGGAUGGCAUCGAACGGCAUUGCAGCUCGCGACGGGAGCGAGGUGGGCCGCUUGUCGGUGACGAAGGAGCCGAGAUCCACUGCGACAUCGCCCCGUCCUUCGUUCUCAAAUCCGCUGCCUCCCCUCCCCAUGGCAAUCUCACCGUCGUUCUCGACCUCAUCGUCAUCGUCGACUUCAUCUGCUGCCUCUUCAGCCACGAGCUUGCCCACACCCGCGGACCCGAUGAAUCGCUGUCCGUCUCCGCCAGAGAUCGAUCCAUUCUCGCCCACAUCUCCAUCCUUCGUGCCCAGCGAACAGUCCGUGCCCCCAUUACCGCAUAAGGAUUCGUUGUAUGACCACCCUACUCUACCUCCCUCUCCCCCUCCCGAGCCGACGCUGCCACUCCCUUCCCCAAGCACUCCCUCCCCGUCCUUCCUCUCGCCUCCGCGCCAGCAGUCGUUCUUCUCGCUUGCGCUCAAACGCCGAGCGCGCCGGCGCGGAAAGAAGCUCGUCAUCACCGGUCUGCCGCAAGGCGACGCGGGAGACGCGCAGAGCAGCCCUGACGCCGAGCGCCGAACGCACGAGUGGCGGAUGCGCUACGAUGCCGUCGUGCGCUGGUGCGAGAGCUUUGGCGAGCUGCGGAAGAUUGAGCGUAAGGACGACGGGAGUAUCCAUGUUUAUUGGCGCGAGUGGGAGGUGGCGGAUCGCGUGUGCCGCGUGCAGGCGCAGGUCAUCAUCAAGGACGUCGGCCGCGUGAGCCUUGCGUGGCAUUACACUAACUGA